CUCUGUUUUUAAUUUAUGCGACCAAAACAAUGUAUUUGUGUCUAAAAUUGAAGUCGUUAAAGUGGCACAUCCAGCUUCUGGAACGCAUGACAGGCGCUUUCAACAUAAGCAAAUAAAAAGGAAACUCGCCCCCACUAUGCGAUUGUCCUGUCUUCUCCUGGCAAAGCCUGUCCUCCAUGGAUAUUUCAGAAGUUCUUGCUCAUGGCGGGUGCGCAUUGCUUUCGCCCUAAAAGGUAUAGAAUAUGACCAAGUGCCAGUCAACCUGAUCAAAGAUGGAGGUCAGCAGCUCACAGAGGACUACAAGACUUUAAACCCAAUGCAGCAAGUACCUGCUGUUGAAAUUGAUGGCGUCACCCUUUCUCAGUCGUUGGCAGUAAUCCAGUAUAUUGAUGAGACCAGGCCCGGACCGCGCCUCUUGCCCUCAGACCCCGUAAAAAGGGCCCACGUUAGGAUGAUAAGUGAUCUCAUUGCAUCCGGGAUUCAACCUCUGCAGAAUUUACAUGUGAUCCAAAAGAUUGGCGCGGAGAAGGUGCAGUGGGCGCAAUACUUCAUUAAUCGAGGUUUUGAAGCUCUUGAGCCUUUGCUGAAGCAAACAGCGGGAAAAUACUGUGUAGGCGAUGAGAUAUCCAUGGCUGACGUCUGUCUGGUCCCACAAGUCUACAAUGCAGAAAGGUUUAAAGUGGAUCUGAGCUUGUAUCCAACUAUCCAAAGGCUAAAUGAAACCUUAAUGAAGAUUGAGGCUUUCCAAGUGAGCCAUCCAUCAUGCCAGCCUGACACGCCAGUUGAGCUGCAAGCUUAGGAGAAACUGCCCCAACUUUCUACACCUAUAAAUAAAAUACUUUGAACAUGA